CAAAACAAAUACGUGCGUCGUGCGGUCCAUUGUUUAUCAACCACAUUUUGAUUGAUAUUAUUGACAUAUAUCUUGUGAGAAUCUAAAUAGAUUCUCAUUUGAGCGUCUAUUGCUGUUUUUAAGUGAUUAGAGUCUUGUUUACAUUGUUGUAACCGAGCCGGGCCCUCAUUCGCCGCUAUGGAAGUCGAACGUGUCGACUCAGAAAACGUGGCGGUGGACGAGGUCGCGAAGCCGGCAGGUAACGUAGGUGCCGGGGAUGCAGCGACAUCUCAUAAUGAACGUUUACGCCGUAAAAACAAGAAAUAUACGCGUACCAACAGUAAGGAGGCAGCUGGCGUUAGUGCGGUGACGCCUCUACCAAAAUAUCGGAGUUGGAAAAAUAGCCGGAGACCACGCAAUGGCCAUGGAAGGGGGCUACCGAAAAAAGGUGGCGCUGGUGGCAAGGGAGUGUGGGGUGCUCCAGGAUCAGAAAUGCUGGAGGAGUACGAGGAGGAUGCCAAUGAUCCUAAUUACGACUCGGAGGCUGUCACCAACGGGGACAUCGAGUUCAAACAGGUCAUCGUGGAGGCGGAUCCAGAGGAGAUCAUUCGCAAGGCCGAACCCGUUAUCCUGGAGUACUUCGAGCACGGCGACACGAACGCGGCCGUGGAGGACUUUCUGGAGUUCGUCACCGCCAAGCGAAGCCAUUUGGUGUGCGAGACAAUAGUAGAAAUAGCUUUGGACCAUAAGCCGUCUCACUGUGAAAUGGCCUCUGUACUUAUCUCUGACCUCUAUGGCAGAAUACUCUCCGCUAAGGACAUUGCCUAUGCGUUCGAGCAGCUGCUGGAGAAGCUGCCGGAUCUAGUGUUGGAUACCCCGGAUGCGGCCGUGCUGUUGUCGAACUUCGUGGCGCGCUGCGUGGCCGAUGACUGUCUACCACCAAAGUUCGUGCAGGCGCAGGCGAAUGCACAACUCAGUCCGCCCGCCAGGCAAGCCAUUCACAGGGCGGAGACGUUGCUGUCAAUGAAACAGGGGCUGGUGAGGCUCGACAACAUUUGGGGCGUCGGUGGUGGUAUCAGGCCAGUCAAGUCGCUGAUCCGCCAGAUCCAGCUGCUGUUGAAGGAGUACCUGACGUCCGGAGACCUGGCGGAGGCAAUGCGCUGCGUCAAGGACCUGGAAGUGCCACAUUUUCACCACGAACUUGUCUAUGAGACUAUAUUACUAGCGGUGGAAGCAAUAAAUUCGAGCGUAGAAGAACAAUUGUGUACGUUUCUGGCGGAGUUGCGGAGGUGCGUCAUAGUGUCGCCGGAUCAAAUGGAUAGGGGCUUCCUGCGCGUGCUCGAGGACAUGACAGAUAUAGUGCUGGACGUGCCGCUCGCGUACAUAAUGCUGGACCGGUUCAUGGAACGCUGUCAGCACAAGUUCAGGCUCGGGGACGCCGUGCUGAAACGAGUGCCCACUAGAGGACGUAAACGUUUCGUGUCGGAGGGCGACGGUGGCGCCAUCAAGGACCACGCCCUCAAAUUGCGCGAGUAAACUGCAGAGACGCGUCACAGAGCGAGCCGAAUAACAGAUGCGGUAUAUAUUUAUAACAGAAAGAUAUAUUUAUAUAUAUGUUACCUAUCUCUAAAGGGGUCAUUGUAAAUGGUAUACUGAGCCUGAAGCCAGUAUAUAUUAAUAAAACUGUCAUUGUAUUUAAAAAAAUAUUAUCAGUACUGAAAAAUAUUAUGAAAUUGAAUAAAAUUCACAAAGAAGUAAAGUGGGAAAUUCAACAUCCAAUGUAUACUAUAACGGCUUGACCGAUUUUUCUGAUUUCUUAUUGUGUAGGUAUAUUUGGUAGUUCAUAGGCUAUUUUCUAUGCCCCUAUUAGAUAAGGGUGAUGCUAUACAGGAAAUAAUAACGUGAAAAACAAUGCGGUAAGCGUCUAAAUCAACUAAUAAUUUAGAAAACCUAGAUAUACAAAUCGCCGCCACAUGAUUUAUGUAUGAAAAGUAU